AUGGUUGGUAGCACGGGCACGGUUCCUGGGACUGCUGGCACAGGCGCGGGGUAUAAGCCCGCGUGGGCGGAGUCAGGCGGGGCGAGCGCGGCAGGCGGGGGGGAUGGGCGCGGGCGGGGGUGGUCCGGGGAGGGGCACCUGGUUUCCCCGCCCUCGAGUAUGAAUUCGUCCCCUGUGGCAACUCCGCAGCACCAGCAGCAGCACCAGCACACGCGUCUGGCCUACCCUGAGUAUUACCAGACAUCGGGCAGGGCAGGAAGCGGGGAGGCGGGGGGAGUGCUGCUAGCGGGCGCGGCCAGCGCCGCGUAUGUGCACGGGCGCGGCAGAGGAGGCGCGGUUAUGCGGGACUAUCCGGGGGAGCUGGCGGCGGCGGAGGCGGCUAUAGAGGAGCUGCAGCGGGACUGCGACCAGAGGGCUGAUAUUGCGAUAGGGGAGUUGAAAGGGGAGAGGGAUCAGCUUCAGGAGGAGCUGAACCAGCUGCGGAUGGGGCGGGGAGGCGGGGAAGUGGGCGGCGGGGGGAUGGGGGAGGGGAGCGAGUGGAGCAUGGGCGGACCCGGGGGCAUGCGCGGGGGGAUGGGGGGCGGCAGGGAGGUGGAGAUGCUGAUGGAAGAGGUGGAGUAUCUCAAGGGCACGGUUGAUAGCUUAUCAGCGCAGCUGGAGGUGUUUCAACGGAUAACAGCUCCAACAGAAGGUGAAGAACUGGAGAAAGAAGCGCAGGAGCUCACAGCAGAGAGUCUUGAGCUAGCUACGGAAUUGAACACGGCGAAUAAGGAGGCUGAGCAGAAGGAGGUGUUGAUCGAGCAGCUGAAGCAGGAGUUGGUCGCGGCUAGGGGUGGGAGAGGGCUUCCGGCGAGUAUAGCGCAGCUGCUACAGACGACGAAACCCAAGCCGAAGCCGUACCAGCCUGUGCAGCUGCGGCAGCAGCGCCCGGCGCCGCCCCCGCCUCCUGCUCCCCCUGCCCCGUGCCUGUGUCCGAAAUGCUCUGAGCCGUCCGCCCCUGCGCUCUGCGCGAAAGGUUGCGGUGAGGGCUGUGAGCAGCGAGGGCGGCAGCAGCGUGUCCGAGGAAGAUGCGCGGAAGCUGCAGGCGCGCGUGCAGGAGCUGCUGGAGCAGCUGCGGGUGCAGCGGCGGAGGCGCAGGCCGCCAAGGAGGAGGUGGUGCAGCUGCGCAGCAAGGUGCGCGUCACUGAAAUGGCCACCCAGCGCGCGAAUGACAGGCUUAGCAUCUUAGAGGAGUAUGAACGGAGGGCUAGGGAGGUGGAGGCGGAGUUGGAAAGUACCAAGAAGCUGCUGACGGCGGGCGGCGGGCGAGGGAGGAGGCGGAGGAGGAGGCAUGAGCUAGAGGUGGAGCAUUUGAAGGAGGCGCGGGCUGACGGACGUGGAGAGUCAGCUGACGAGGUAUGUGGAGGAGGUGGGGGGGGCGGCUGGAGAAGAAGUGUGCUGAUGAGGACAGGCAGGAAAAGAUCUUGA